AUGUCAACAAAGAAGUUUAACAAAUUUGUAUCUCCUGUAAAAUCAAUAACAACAGCAUCUACAUCAACAUCAUCACCAACAAAGACAGGAAAGAAUGGUGCAUCUUCGUUUAAAUCAUUUGUAUCGCCUGUUAUAGGUAGCUCAACUACUGCUCCUCCCCCUCCUACAAAGAAGAAAUCUUCAGUAUCAACUUCAAUAGCUUCACCAAAGAAGAUGCCUUCAAAGCAAACAACUGUAAAAUCAACAACAACCAAACCAAAGACUAUAGAUCCAUUUAAACAUUUACCCUAUCUUUCACAAUCAGAAGAGCGUGAGGAUUGCAAAACAGAUCAAGCCAAUGAUAUAAUAGAGUUUCUUUACAAUUUAAAUCAACCUGUUACAUUGAAUGAAUUACAAUCACAUUUUAAAGCAAAUGUAAUAUUAAAAGAAGAUAUAGAUGAAUUGGUAAAUAAAAGGAUAUUAAACGAGACGAAAUUAUAUUUAAAUGAAAACAAAACAAAGAUAACUUUAUAUUCAUCUAUGAAAUGGACAAAAGUCAAUCAACAAUACAUAAAGUUUAGAUUAUAUGAUAAACAAAAACAAUUGGAAAAGGAGGAAAAAGAACAAUUAGAGAAACAAAGAAAAGAUAUUAAUAAUAAUAUAAAUGUAAAUAAGAAUGAAAAGAAGGUAUUGGCAUCAAAUCAUUUAGACCAAAAGAAAACUCCUGUUAAAAAAUUGGGAACUUCUUUUACAACUGCUAGCAGUUCUAUAACUACAACAUCACCUAUAAAGAAUCAUUUGGUUUCAUCAUUUCAAUCUCCACUGAAAAAGAUAAAGACAUUGGAUGAUGAUUCAACAAUUGGUCUAUUGGAAGAACAAAUGGACAAGAAAUUAGUUGAAGCAUCACAAGAAAGAAUUAGAUUAUUGGCAUCGAUAGAGGCUAAAAGAAAACAACUACAAAAACUAGUGGAUCAAGGUGUUGAUAUUCAAUCAUUGGUACCAACAAAAGAUCAAGAAAAGGAUGAAUUGAAUGAAAAGAAAGAGUUGGAAAAGGUAAAACAAGGUUGUCGUGAUCUUAUCAACCGUCUACAUGUUCAUAUUGCAGAGGCUAACAAGGGUAUGGAUGAUGGAUUGGGUGCGCUAUCCAGUAGUUACCGUGAUUCACGUUCAGUAGGUUUCAAAAGUAGUCGUGAUUGGAAUGAUGACUCUGACAGUUACUCUAGUAGAAGUAGUCGUUCUGAUGAUCAAGAUCAAGAUGAAAUCAACUAUAACGAUGAAGAUGGUGGAAUGGGUGGUGGUCAACCAAAAGAUCCACUAGCUGGUAUCUCCAAAACAUCCAAAUUAUAUGUAAUCAAAGGUUAUGGUAUUGAUCCUGAAUCACUUGGUUAUGAUGAAGAUAGUGAUGAUUUUAUAGUUCCUCCUCCACCUACUGUAGUUUCUAAAGUUACACCUAAAAAGAAAUAA